GUCAAGUGACGUCACCUUCGGGGUUUUUUUUCCGCUUGCUGAUCUGGAAGCCGAAACUUUCUCCCAUCUGCAGACGGUAAUCGUUUUGUCGACUCGCUUGGAUUUUUGACUGCUGAAAAAGGGAACCUGAAUCAGGAACCAUGGCUGUGGAAGGAGGGAUGAAGUGUGUGAAGUUCCUGCUCUUCUUUUUCAACUUCAUCUUCUGGGUCUGUGGUCUGGCCCUGAUCGUGAUUGGCAUCAUGGUCCAGGUGGGGCUUCACCAAACCCUGCGCAUCAAGGACGCGUCGGCCCUGGGCGCCCCCAUUGUCAUCAUCGUCGUGGGCGUGGUCAUCUUCUUCAUUGCGUUCUUUGGCUGCUGCGGAGCCUGGAAAGAGAGCAACUGCAUGGUCACCACGUUUGCAGUCCUGCUGACCCUUAUCAUCAUAGUGGAGAUUGCAGCAGCCAUCGCUGGGUACGUCUUCAAGGACAAGGCCAAGACCAUCCUGACUGAUGGGUUCCACGAUAUGAUCCAGAAGUACAACAGCUCUCAGGAUGCGAUGAAGGCCAUGGACGGGAUCCAGGAAGACUUCAAGUGCUGUGGGGCUAUGAAUGCCACUGACUGGGACAGUGUCAUAGGUGGCAACUCCGUGCCCGACUCCUGUUGCAAGAACGUGACCAAGAGCUGUGGGAAGGGUGCCCUGACCACCGACCGGAUCUACAAGGACGGCUGUGUGAACAUCAUUGAAAAGUGGGUCAAGAAGAAUUUGCUGAUNCUCUUCCCUCUCUCUCUCUCCCCCCCCUCCCUGCAGGUCCUGGGCGUCAUCUUCGCCUGCCUGCUGAUGAAGUCCAUCCGCAGUGGCUACGAGGUCAUGUAACCCCCCCACAGCUCCCCCCGAGCCGGGGACGCGCCCGGCAGCCUUAAACUUCUGAUUUCCGCUACCAGUGAUUGUUUUUCCUCCCGCCUGUAAUGAUCUCUUUUGGUUUGUUUUUUUUUUUCCCUGUACUUAUUCUGUCCAUUUUUAAGGUAGUGCAAGAACAAAUAGUUUUACCUGGAGAAGGGGGUGUGACGUUAGGGCGAGGUACCCUUCGGCGAGACGGCUCGGCGAGAAGGAUAAGGGGGGGUCUUGUUGAGGGUGGGAGGGAGGAGAGGGAGUUCCGUCAUUUUAGUCUGUCCCAAAAGUUUUUGUGGAGUAAAUUAGGUAGUUUAUUUAUAUUUGUGUAUGUACAGAACCGCGCCUCUGUUCACGCCGAGUGUGAGCUGGCCCGGUCAGGUGGCGAGUGUGGGAACGAUACCGACGGACCAGCCUGACUGGCACCUGUAAAACGCCACUUAAUGCCUAGCAGCUCUCAGGUUUUCAACUCUUGGUUUAAUGAGUUUUUUUUUUUCCUUUAAAUCUGAUUCUUGCAUCUUGUGUGAGCAAGCCUUUCUCAAAACCCUUUCUUCGGAAAGUCUGUGACACCUUUUGAAUCUCCAGAAUGGAACAAUAAAGACGGAGUCAAAAACUGGA